AUGUCGAUUCGCAAGCGCAACGAAUUUCUGGACGAUGGCGACAGUGAUGCAGAGCUGGAAAAUGGCAGUGAAUCGGAGGCCGAGGAGGGAAGAGCUGCUAUCGGAAGCCGUGCGAUAAAGCGUCGCAAAGUCAAUUCUGGCUCUGAGGCGUCUGGUGAUGAUGAAGCGCAAGAGGAAUCGCGAGGACUGGACAGUCGCUUUGAUUUUGGAAAGCUGGACGAUGCCGACAACGAAACUGCCGACAACGAAGACGCGGGAGACGAUGGAGCUGCAACCAGGCCGGUCAAAGCGAAAAAGUCGUCCACCAUGAAGCAGGUGGAAGCCGCAGCCAAAGCCGUGCGAAAUUCUGGCGUCAUCUACAUAUCGAGGGUUCCUCCUUUUAUGAAACCACACACACUCAAGCACUUUUUGGAACCGUGGGCAUCGAAAGGACUUGGCCGGGUAUUUCUCACGCCCGAGGACCAUGUCGCACAUGCAAGACGAGUCAAGAGCGGCGGCAACAAGAAGAAGUCGUUCACAGAUGGAUGGGUCGAGUUCAACUCCAAAAAGGAAGCCCAGAUUGCGGCAGAGACGCUGAAUGGCAACAUUAUUGGGGGAAAGAAGGGAAAUUUCUAUCACGACGAUCUAUGGAACAUGAAGUAUUUGAAAGGCUUCAAGUGGAAUCACCUUACGGAGCAAAUAUCGAAUGAGAAUGCUGAACGGGCUGCAAGAACCAGGGAUGAGAUUCGGAGGACGAGGAAAGAGAACAAGGCAUUUGUGGAGGACGUGGAGCGUGCGAAGAUGUUGGAGGGCAUCGAGAUUAAGAAGAAAGCGAAGAUGGAACGAGAAGGUGGUGUGGCGACAACCACUGCUCCGGUAAAGGAGAAGAAGUUCACGCGGGAAUUCAAGCAGCGAAAGGCGCAAUCGAACAGUGCCAAGGACGGGGAUGGCAAGACUCCUACGAGCAAUGCGCUGAAAAUGAUCUUCUGA